ACUGGUCCCAAAUUACUUUCUGUAUCCUUACAAAUGUCCUGACUUCCAUCUUCGAAAGAUUUUGCCCCAAUUUUGAGCAACUAAACAUUGAGGCCCUGUUAGGGGUAAAUUCCGACAAGCGACAUGGCCUUGAAACGGCGACACGAGAGCUACGAAUUGGCGACAAACGACAGACUACUCCAGCGAAAUAGGGAAAGCGACACCAAUGUCAAAAUAGACCGACAGCGAAUUUCGGAUUUGUGAAAGCAGUGAAUGUUUUAAACAAUAACGUCAAUAACGUUUCAAUAAAACCAAUACAAUAAGUCAUAAAUACGUCUCAUUUUACCGACUAAAAUAAUUUGUAUUAACGUCAUUAAUGACAUUAAUUAACAAAAACUAAAAAUUAAUUAACCAACCAGGGCUCGUCACGACAGGAGGAUUGCAUGACGAGUCCAAAGAGCAUCUGGGUAGGAGGCUAGAGCCACGUGCGCGCGCGCUCCAUCUUUCUGUCAUCUGUUCGAGAUAUUUUACUGUCGCGUUCGUGUUACUGUCGUUACUUGCAAGCGAAUUCCGAUCAUUUCUUCUUUCUUUAAAUACGUCACUAUCAGGUGCCACUGACUGGUCACUGACGGCAUCAACAUGGGCAAACACAAAAAGGUCAAAAAGCACAAGAAAGAAAAAAAAGCGCGAAAAGUCAGAAAGAAGAGAGAGACCAGGUGAGUGUAAAUCUUCAGAUUAAAAGAAUGAUAACGUCAAUGAAAAUUAGCGGAAUGUUACUAGUCUUCGAGGUUACUGCUCUUAUAUGUCUUAUAUCAUUCCCAGUUAUCGUGGCCAUGAGUCAGCGCUAACCCAUAAAUUAUAGAAUAAAUGGUUUCACAACACGCAAAAUUCCGGAUCUGUCAUGAAUGACCAUGAACGGGGAUCAAAGGUCAUCAACUUAUACAUUUGAUCCAGGCAGACCAAGUAACCCGUACGGAAACCGUUAAGGGAGAGUCUUCCGUUCAUUAACGUUUCGUCAGAUUUUCAGUAUUUUCCUUGGGACGUUUUUACCAAGGGAAAAUUUGGUAAAAAGAUUAAAUAAACCGUUUCACGGUUUCUGACGUCAUCUUAGAUGUUUUUGGGGGGUAGACACGGGAAAAAAUUGAGAAUCUAAUGUCCAACAACCCCAGGAAAAUUCGAGUUCUGAAGUAUUUUAAGCUUAUGAAUUUUAAAAAAACGAAAGUUACUAGUUUUGAUGGGACAGUUACGUUGCGAUCAAAAAAAAAAAAUUCAAUUUGUCACAAAGCUUUGGAAAUUGCGUAAGUAUUGAGAAACAAAAGAAACACAUGGCAUUGAAGGAAGACUGUGGUUAGGUCUGGUUACAGAUCUCCGACGCCUCUGAUCGCCUCUGGGGUAUCUGGUAUUUGCGGUCACGCAACACUCCUUUGAGUAGUGCCUGAAAAUAAAUAUCAGUCAUAAAUUGUCUUUCAUUACUCUAGCAAACGAUUACGACAGGAAAGAUAGAAAAAGAAAAAGGAGCUGUGUAGACCACUCAGACGAGGAGCAAUCAGGUGUCUGCGAAGUGAAAAAACGGAAGCAAGAGUCGAGGCCGAAAUCAGUUCAGAUGACUAUGGCUCAGUUUGCCAACAAGAAUUCCGUCAACGAAAGUACGUCCGCCACAAUGUCCACAGUAGAUAGCUCGAAACUAACAGUCGACACUACAAUAGAGGUCUAUAAAUACGGCCACUCAAAGAAAUCUGGCUGCAGAAAUACCCUUUUCGUGAUGUCAGACUUUCACCGAGAUUUGUGUACUCUAAAAAAAGAUCUCAGAAAAGAAUAUGGAUUGGCAACUGAUGCCAGAAGGAACCAAAUCGGCGAUUUCAAUAUUGAAAUUGGUGUCGCCUGUUCUGAGAAAACGUACAUGGCCAACGCGCAGACGGAUUGGGAAAAUUUAAGGACCCGUUUUUACAGUGGCGCAGGGCAAUAUUGUCUCACUGGUGAGUAACAAUGCUAUGUAAAUUAUUAAUAAGGUGGUCACCGGUUAAAAAAGUUGUUUAAGUAGAAAAUGUCUCAUUGUCGUUAACAUACCCCAGGAUAAUACAAGUUCUCCUCUCCAAUAAGUUUUUCAUCGGUAACCUGGUAGAGAAGGCUAACUCAAUUACGGCCUUUGCCAUUUUCGCCAAAUAUCUACUUUAGAUUCUUUAAAAUAAUCUUGGCGAAAGGGUAAAGGUUAAGCAAUUUCCUAGUAUUAAAAUGGCUCAGGGAUCUAAAUUUUGUUCAUCUAUUACCAUAGUUCGCCUUCAUGAAAUACAAUACAGUAGAGUUAAGGGUGUUUCAUCGACGAGCGCGAAGAUAAAAAAGAAAGUGAUAAGGGGACCUUACAAGCGGGAUGAGCGUGUUGUACAAGACGAAGACCUGCUCCUGAAACUGAGAAAUUACACUGGUACUGUUGAGGAAUUCAAAUAUCAAAGAGGAGAAGACCAAGAAAAACUUCUGGAGAAGUUUAAGCAGGAUGUUAAAGUCCACUAUCCAGGAUCUCGCGCAGUUACGGAACUACACAUCGUGUGUGGAAAAUGCGGAGUAACUAGGGCUGUCAAGAGACUGAGAUAUCAUCAGCACUUCAGGAACCAUCACUGGAAGAGCUGCAAGGUUGUGAAAAGUUGCGAUAUUAGGGACAUAUUCUCAAGCAUGCAAAACUGCAAAGUAAGAACUACGCCGAGUCCUCAUAAUCUCGAAUGAGUUUGAAGAAAAAAAUGUACUUCCGUUUUACUGUAAUUG